AUGUCAGUCAACCCUUACGUCAUCAACUACUUCUCCAACGACGGGCGUCGCCAAAUGUCGACGUUCAUCGACCCGUCCAGCAAGGGCCAGUUUAUCCAAUACUUGACUGGUCUUUCGUCGCUGCAGAACGGCGAUUGGUACGAGCUCUCCUCGAGCACCAUCGUUGACGAUGCCAUCAGUAGGACUGGUCAGCUCGGAGGGGUGGUGUACAACUUGCCUGUUCGGCUGUCGUUGACAUCACAAUAUGUCCGAAGCUCAAUUCCAAGCAGUCCAUUUCCAAUAGUAUUCUCUGGCACAAAAAAAUCCAAUAAAACCCUUGAGAAGAUGGAUUUCAUCGGACGUGGAUGA